CACCAUUAACCACCAUUGAUUGCCGUAAAAACAACGAACAUCAGAAAUCAUUGAAACCCCACCAUAUAUUCCGGCUUUACUCCGCCGGAAAGCACCUAAAUUCAUCACUCUCAUGCUUCCUCUUUCCGAUACGCCUCCUUCACCCCGUAAACCCCCAAACCCACAAUUAGAUCGGAAAAAUUCCUUCAGUUUAAUCAAACCUUAUCUCCGAUGCACAUGGAUUAUCUUCGUUGUCUUCUUCCUCCAUAUCCUCCUCCUCUUAGCUGCUCGCAAUUUCCACAUAUCCACCGCCUUAAUUACCAACCGCCAACACCUCCCUGCCGUACCCGUCAUCGCCGCCGUCGACGCCGACGUUACUCAAUGCUCCUCCGGUAAGGUUUUCGUUUACGACUUGCCACCCUUUUUCAAUACGGAAUUGCUAGAAAAUUGUCAUGAAUUAAACCCUUGGGGAUCCCGUUGCGAUACGUAUUCUAACGGUGGUCUUGGACGUAGUGCUAAGAAACUCGCCGGAGUGAUACCGGAGAGUGUUGUUGGGUCGUGGUAUUGGACCGAUCAGUUUGCAUCUGAGAUUAUAUAUCAUAAUCGGAUGUUGAACUACCGGUGCAGAACCCUAGAUGCUGAAUCUGCUACGGCAUACUACAUUCCAUUCUACGCCGGCCUUGCCGUCGGAAAAUAUUUAUGGACGAAUAAUUACACGGCAGAAGACCGUGAUCGUCAUUGUCGUAUGAUGCUAAAGUGGGUACACGAACAACCCUAUUGGAAAAAAUCCAACGGUUGGGAUCAUUUUAUCACGAUGGGCCGCAUCACAUGGGACUUUCGCAGGUCUAAGGACGACGAUUGGGGAUCGCGUUGCAUUUAUUUACCCGGGAUGAGAAACAUCACGCGUCUCCUGAUUGAGCGUAACUCAUGGGACUAUUUCGACAUCGGUGUUCCCUAUCCCACCGGAUUCCACCCCACCUCCACAUCCGACGUCGCAACGUGGCAGGAGUUUGUCCGUACACGUACCCGCACAACACUCUUCUGUUUCGCUGGCGCGACACGCGGUCUCAUCAAGAACGAUUUUCGCGGACUCCUGUUAAACCAGUGUUACAACUCCUCUGGUUCUUGCCAGGUGGUGGACUGCGGCGGGUCGAAAUGCUCCAACGGGACUUCAUUGAUCCUGGAGUCGUUUCUCGGGUCGGACUUUUGUCUUCAGCCGCGAGGAGACAGCUUCACGAGGCGGUCGAUUUUCGAUUGCAUGGUGGCGGGUUCGAUUCCGGUGUUCUUUUGGAACAGAACCGCCUACUCUCAAUACGAAUGGUUCUUGCCGGGUCGACCCGAGAGCUAUUCGGUUUUCAUCGACAAGAAGGAGGUUCUAAAUGGGAAAUCCAUAAAAGGGGUUCUUGAGAAAUUUGGGAAAGAGGAAGUGAAGGAAAUGAGGGAAAAAGUGAUUGAAUACAUUCCAAAAAUUGUGUAUGCAAAGGAAGGUUUGAAGGGCAUGAAAGAUGCAUUUGAUGUGGCUGUGGAGGGAGUGUUGAAUAGAAUCAAGGAUCAAGAAAGAGAUGGGUUCAAAUGGUAAUGAUUUUGGCAACAAUUUUCAUUUUUUUUUUUAAGUAUUGGAUUAAAUAUGGUUAUGAAGCAUUUGUUUUGGGAUGAUCAUGUGGUCAUGACCAUGAUCAUGUGGGAUGGUAGAUGUUAGUUUAUAGAUAUACAAGAGGUGAUAUGAUGAAUUUGUGAUGUAAAAUGUGUACAAUUUAUAAUAUGCUACAAAUAGAUAAUAAUAAUGAUUGAU